UUUUCCUGUCUGUUUCAAACAUCAGAGAUCUAACAUCAGAGAACAAUCAGAGAAUUGUCAAUCAAAUAUUAGGCUCUUGAGACUUCACUCUGUUUGUGUCACAUUUUAAUUUGGAUAUUAGGGAGUGUAAAUUUUAGACUGUUGAAAUUUGCACGUUAGUGGAUCAAAAGCGACUUGCUUCCUUUAUUUUUUAACAUUUUCGGCCUAUCAAAGUUUCGUUUAGACGCGCGCGGUGCUGACCAUGUCGUCUCGAUUCGAAGAGAAGUGCGGUAGGGGCAGUAGCGGAUCUAGCGCCAGCGAUGACCUGGUGGCGGUCGACCCCACCGAAAGUGACUUCGCCCUGGAACUGAAGCCGACUCCCAAGCAGACCUGUAUUCCUCUCCAUCAACGGCAACGGAUGGUCAACUCGGCCACAAGCGUCUAUCAGCGAGAUCUCGAGUAUAAUGUACCGGACAAGUCCUGGUCUGUCCUGUACAUCGGCGGCAUAAAGGACAAGGCACUUAAGUAGCAUCAUCGUCGGAGAAUGCGAUUCCUUUCAAAUGCCGAAAAAUUCCAGUUAGCGUCACCACCACCAGUUUUAAUCGAUUGUCUGCGAACCGCCUGGCCCACUGACUGACUUCCUCACCACCACAUCCUUCAGUCACCCAUCAGAUAGCGUGCGAGAAAUAUGUUAUAAACAAAUUUUUAUUCGCCCUCGUGCCAGUGCA